GCUGUUGUCACGUGACUCCCCCCCCCGUGUCCGAGAAAAGACCGGAUGCUCGUAGAGCCCCACACCUAUCAGCAAAAACACCCGAGUGUUUAGGAGAUGAUUUAUAAUCGUGCUCAACUGUGUUGGCUCUCUGUAGCCUUGGCCCUCGUGGCUCAGCAGCUCUGCUGGAGUGUGUCCUGCACCAAGGAGGUGAAGAAAACACCUGAGCACAGACAACAGCUCGUCCUGCCGAGAGUCACCUGCUCUGCCCGGAGAAUAAAAGCUGCGUUUGGUCCGCUGGUCAGAAAUAAUAUACACGUUAGGGAAAUGUCAGGGGUUGCAGUCCCAGUGUCUCAGUCUGAGCUGGGCUCCUGUGGAGUGAGAGUGGUCAAAGAGAAAAAUCAGAACAUCUCUUUCAUCAGCAAAGUUGACGGCUGCUAUGUUCAGAUUGAGAGUACCAAAGUGGUCAUACCACUGCAGGUCCAGCUGAAAGACGACGAUCAAUGGUUCAGGGUAAAUAUCAGCUGUCCCCUGAAGAGAAACCAUGAGAGGACUCCUAUCUCAACAUUGUUACCUGGGAAGUGUGGGACAGACCGAGCGCUGCGAGUGGACUGUGGUCGUCAAAACAAUUCCAGCCAUGCCUGCCAUAAACGGGGUUGCUGCUACGAUGCUCAUGAUUCCACCUGCUACUACAGACUCAAUGUCUGCUCUCUGGACGGACAUUUUGUGUUCUCGGUGAAAGCUACAGAUACGGACCCACCCAUCACUCCCGGCAACCUCAUAGUCAAGGGUCACCCACAGUGUUUCCCCGUGGUCACUACACCAGACACGGCUGUCUUCAAGAUUGGAAUCACAGAGUGUGGUGUAAAGACCAAGGAAGACCGAGAUGUUGUGAUGUAUGAAGUGGAAGUAGAGGAGCUGCACACUCAAAGUACAGCUAAAGAUCCUCUAUUCAGUCUACAGGUGCAGUGUGAAUAUGCAACAUCGGACCUGAAACGAGCAGCAGAUUUGAGAUCCUUGUAUGCAGUGACAAACCCACCACCUGUAGUUGCACUGGGAGCCAUUCAGUUGCAGAUGAGAAUAGCAAAAGAUGCAUCUUUUACAUCCUUCUUUCCUGAAGACCAACUUCCACUGACUCUGCCGCUACGUAAAUCUGCAUAUGUGGAAGUUUCCAUCGCCCAGCCAUCCCCGGACCCAACACUCUCCCUACGUGUGCAGGAUUGCUUUGCCUACCCUGUGUCACGACACUCUGUGUGGAUGCUUCUUUAUGAUGGAUGCCCAAACCCUCUGGAUCACAUGAAAAGCUCUGUCCCUCUGGACCAACUGGGGAAGACUACCUCCCACUCCCAAAUGAGGAGGUUUGAUGUCAAGACAUUUGCCUUCUUAGACCCUCAAACUGGCCAUCCAAGUGUGGAGGAAAUGUACUUCUACUGUUGGGUGGAAAUCUGCACAGAUGACGUAGACUGUGCACAGAGUUGUACCAUCAUUUCAUCUGAGAGUGAGAGACAGAGAAGAGAGACCAUAUCUGAGUCUGACCAGCUCCAGUUAGUGUCCUUUGGGCCCCUGCUGCUGAGACGGAACAACACUGAAAUUGAUGAUAGUCCAUGUGUCAAACAAAGCACAAUGUUCCAGGUGAUGGUGUAUGUGCUCUCAGGUGUUGGGGCUGUCCUGCUGCUUGUACUGCUGUUCACUCUGUUCUCCAACCUCAAAAAGGGUCAGAAGAAAGAAAUGCAGAAAGCUUGUGAAGCACAAGCUAACAGUGUCAGUAAAUAAUCAUAUCCCUUC